UACUUCUAUCAUCUUAAAAUCAUAAAAGGAUUUACGAAAUAAUCACUUAGUCAAUUAUUUCAUAAUACACAUUGCUUCCAGUUUUUAUAAAAGCAGUUCAUUUAAAAAGUCAAAAAUUAUCGAAAAUGGAAGUUUCUACAUUUAUUUGUCUUUUAAUUUUUUCAACCUUGUCCUACCAUGCAAAUGGAAAUGUUUCAACUCGGAUAAUUGGAGGUGAAGUCGCCGGUGCAUCCCAGUUUACAUUUACAGCAGCCAUUCACGUACACACCGCCGACAGCAGAUUUUUCUGUGGUGGCGCCCUAACCGGAAACCAGUAUAUUAUAACUUCAGGAACUUGCGUAUACAAUGCCGAACUUUUCACAGUGAUACUCGGAUCCAACAGUCUCGAAGGCGAAGAUCCAAAUCGCGAAACCUUGGCCACGUCUACUUACCACCUGCACCCUGAUUUCAACCCUAACACGCUCGAGAACGAUAUUGCAGUCAUUCAACUUCGAAUGCCUGUUAUGCUGAGCGGGUACAUACAACCCAUUUAUCCAUCAUCAAUGGACUAUCAGAAUAACACUGACGCCAUAUCCUUAGGGUUUGGACAAACAAGCGACUCGGAUCCAGAGCUUUCUAACGAGCUUAGAUAUGUAUCUACCGUCACUUUAACUAACGAAGAAUGUCGGUUGUUUUAUGGAAAUCAAAUUGUGGAUAGUAUGAUUUGUGCUAGUGGAAACUACAACGAAGGAACUUGCAUUGGUGAUAAUGGAGGACCGCUUGUAAGCAGAGUUGGUAAAUAUCAUUAUUUGAUGGGGGUGGCAAGUUUCAUCAGUGCUAAUGGCUGCGAAAGUACAGAUCCGUCAGGCUAUACAAGAGUACUUCCAUAUUAUAACUGGCUCAGCAACGUCACUAAUCGUUAUGGAUAUUAAAUAUUCGAUCUAAAUAAGUUUAUAAAAAAGAUAAUGAACUUGAUAUUUGUAAUAAAUUAAAUAAUUGAA